CGUCACAGAUGUCGGUCGUGGCUUCACUACGGAGGUUACUGUUGCAGCGUGCGGUCGCUGGUAGUGGAAACAAUACUAGGGCGUUAAUGUGCAAGGAGACUUUUUUCUUGUACGAAAUGAUUGAUUUUGCUGUUUAAGUGGUUUUCCUUAAACGCGUAAGAAAAAAAAAAAUGCUACACAACAGGGAGAGAAUAAGGUACGUUCUGAGUCUGGUGCCUGGCAAGCGGCGCUUUGGGACGUACCGGUUCCUGCCCUUCUUUUUCUGCCUCGGGGGAGUCAUGGAGUGGGUCAUGAUCAACGUGCGCAUCGGAAAGGAGACCUUCUACGACGUGUACCGACGGAAACGGUCCGAGAGACAGUACCAGCAGAAAGCCGAAGAUGGACUGGUUGGACACGUGGAAGUGGCCGAGAAGUGAACUGCCUCUUGGACAGUCAAACACGGGCAGUUGUGUAAACACAUCUCCCGAUACAUAAUUCUCCUUGCUGUUCUUUAUUGAAAAAGGGAUGGUUCAUAUUUAAUAAGCCUUGUAAGCCAGCCUAGAUUCCGUUAACAGCAUGACCGGUGGAAAAAAUACGGCUGUUUUGGAGUAAUACAAUGUAUUUUAAUAGAUCUUUGAAUAUUAAGCCCACUGGAAUUAAUCAGUUACCAUUUCUUGGUGCUCGUUUAAUUUUGUACAUCUCAAGACAUCCAGUUUGUUGAGGUAUUGGCACUUUUAUCAUUCUCACCAGAUCCUUUUGUUUAGAA